UCAGUUCAGUUGAGAAGCUCACGUUAUGUGGUUUUUCUCAAAUGCUUUUGUGGCGUUAACGUCAAGGAUAUGAAAAACCUUUCUUCCACGUUACAAAAGAACACCACCGCUUGGUUUUCUUCCAUUUCAAACUUCCUUGCUGUUUCGCCGUGUUUGCGUUUUCCUUGCAAAGUUUGAAGCUUUUUCUCAUAAUUUGUCACCCAGAUAAGUUUAUUUCUCUUCCCAAAUUCUGGGGUUUUGUUUCACCUUUGAAUCUAAGUUAGGUUGUCCAUGUCUGAUGUCCCUCUCUGAAAUAGGACUUGUAUUAGCAUAAACAAAUCCCAAUUGAGAGAGAAGGACACUUUUGUGUUGAAUGUGUUGAAUCUUCUCCAGUGGCACCACUUUGAGAUUUUGAACUUGUUUCGACUAAAGAUUUUGUGCUUGAACUUUCACAAGGUUUCAUGUUGGCUGUGUUCUAUGUAUGAAGCUGGUCAGCUUGGUUAUAAUAAAAUGCUUGUUUGUUGUUAUCUGGUCCAUCAUUUCCUUGGCUUUUGGAUGCUUCCAUGCUAGUUAUAUCUGAAGUUCUUUCAUCUUAAAUUGUCUUUAUAUAUCCUUUUCUUUUUGGAAGGCCUUAUAAUUGGUUAUCUUGUGCUGUUGGUUUGACUGGAAUCAAUUUUGAGUAGUGUGGUGUGAGAGAAUUGUGGUUGUUUGGAUUAGUUUCUUUACUGUUGGAUUGAAAAUGGGAAAGAAAAAGAAGCAAGUAGGAGAAAUAGGGGAGGAUGGUAAAGUGGGAGAUAGCAGCCCCAGAGCAUAUGAUAAUGAUACUAUGGUGUUUAUAUCCAUGUCUCAAGAAUUGAAGAAUGAGGGGAACAAGCUGUUCCAAAAGAGGGAUCUUGAAGGAUCUAUACUAAAGUAUGAGAAAGCCCUCAAGUUGCUUCCGAGAAAUCAUAUUGAUGUGUCCUAUCUACGGAGCAACAUGGCUGCAUGUUAUAUGCAGAUGGGACUCAGUGAGUUCCCAAGGGCAAUCCAUGAAUGUGAUUUGGCUCUUCAAGUGACACCAAAAUAUAGUAAAGCUCUGUUGAAGAGGGCAAGGUGCUAUGAGGCUUUAAAUAGGCUGGAUUUAGCUCUGAGGGAUGCCAGCACUGUUGUGAAGAUGGAGCCAAAUAAUGUCAUGGCAUUGGAGAUCUCAGAAAAGGUGAAAAAUGCACUUGAGGAGAAAGGAUUGAGAGUAAGCAAUUCAGUAAUUGAGUUGCCUCCAGAUUAUGUUGAACCUCCUAAUGCUCUGCCUCCAGAAAAGGCAUUGAAAGAGAAGACACGCAAGAAGAAGAGCAGUAAAGAGGAAGAGAAGGCACCUGAUGGCAAAAUUCCAGAAAAGCAAACUGAGGAGAAAUUUGAGGACAAGAAGGCUGAGGGCAGUAUUGUAGUCGUAGAGAAGAAGAUCAACACGCCCAAGAAGAAGAAGGCCAAGGUAAAAGUUGAUGAGAAGAAGGCUGAUAUUAAGGAAGUUAUAGAGGAAAGAAGUAAUGGUAGAAGGGAACCUGUUCCUAAGAAAACAGCUAAACUUAUUUUCGGUGAUGAUAUAAGAUACGCUGAACUGCCUAUUAAUUGUAGUCUCUUCCAGUUAAGAGAAGUUAUUCAUGACCGUUUCCCAAGAUUAGGAGCUGUUCUUGUCAAAUACAGGGACCAAGAAGGUGAUUUGGUCACAGUCACUUCUGAUGAUGAAUUAAGAUGGGCUGAAACAGGAUCCAAUGGUUCUAUCCGACUGUACAUAGUAGAAGCUACUCCUGAGCAGGAUCCACUUUUUGAGAAAUUUAAAGUGAAGGAGGCGGAAGUGGUUGGCAUUAACAUUGCACACAAGAGUGGUUGUGUGGGAAAGGCAAAGGAAAUUGUUAGCUCUUCUUGCAUUGAGGAUUGGAUAAUUCAGUUUGCCAAACUGUUCAAGAACCAUGUUGGGUUUGAAUCUGACAGAUAUUUGGAUUUUCAUGAACUCGGGAUGAACCUCUGUUCUGAGGCUUUGGAGGAGACGGUUACAAGUGAAGAAGCACAAGGUCUGUUUGACAUUGCAGGAGAUAUGUUCCAAGAGAUGACUGCUCUUGCAUUGUUCAACUGGGGAAAUGUGCAUAUGUCUAGGGCAAGGAAGAAAGUGUAUGUCAAGGAAGAUUCUUCUAAAGAACAUCUAUGUGAACAAAUCAAAAGUUCAUACGAGUGGGCACUGGAAGAAUAUGCAAAAGCGGGAGAAAAAUAUGAAGCAGCCAUUAAAAUUAAGUCAGAUUUUCAUGAAGGCUUCCUGGCACUAGGGCUGCAGCAGUUUGAGCAAGCAAAACUUUCUUGGUAUCAUGCACUUGGUUGUAAUGUAGAUUUGCUGACAUGGCCUUCCACUGAGGUUCUUCAUCUUUACAACAAUGCUGAAGAAAAUAUGGAGAAAGGAAUGCAGAUAUGGGAAGAAUCAGAAAAGCAGAACUUGAGUAAAACAUCUAGUUCAAAUGAUGUUAGAUUGCAUUUGCAGAACAUGGGGUUGGAUGGGCUUUUUAAAAAUAUAUCCCUAGAUGAAUUUGCAGCACAGGAGGCACAUAUGAGGUCUCAAAUAAAUCUCCUAUGGGGUACCAUGCUAUAUGAACGCUCAUUUGUGGAGUUCAAAUUAGGGCUACCAAUAUGGCAUGAAUCUCUAGAAGUUGCAGUUGAGAAGUUUGAACUUGCUGGAGCUUCUCCAACAGAUAUAGCUGUAGUUUUGAAGAACCACUGUUCAAAUAAUACUGCAGUAGAUGGUCUUGCCUUUAAAAUUGAUGAAAUAGUACAGGCAUGGAAUGAGAUGUACAAAGCUAAAAUGUGGCAGAGUGGAGUUCCAUCAUUUCGUUUGGAACCCUUAUUUAGAAGGCGAGUUUCAAAAACUUAUCAUGCCUUUGAGCUUGCAUGAGUUGCAUAUUUUUCUUCAAGUACUUGAAGAGUGACAGAGCCAACAAUCACUUAGGCUGCUUAUGUGCCUGAAAUGCUAUUGUCAUCAGAAGGUUAUUCUUGCUACUUUUAUGAAUUUGGGUUCAACAAUAUACUUAAAGAAAGUAUUCUUUUAAUGGCAUUUACAUUUCCAAGAACACAGAGGGUUCCUUUACACAUUGUGAAGAUGGCGUAGCAGGAAUUACCUUUUACUUAGUUUCUGCCAUUGCUCAUUUUGCCUUCCCUUUAAUUAUUAGAUUUCUAGUGGUUAGUAGGAUGUUGAAUUUGUACCAAGAGCAGCGGGAAGAUACAUGUUCUUUUUUCAUCUGUUAUUUAUCCAUGUGUAAACUACUCUUUGUUCUUUGUUGAGUUAAUCUCUUUCCGAAUUAGUUUCCCUCUUAAGAGUAUUAAACUUACCAGUUGCAA